AGCGCUACGCGGGAGGCAGCGGUGUCGGUUCUCCCCUCCCCCGUCCCUGGGCGAAGGCAUCGUGCGUUACCUCUCUCGCCCCCACCCGCGGGCGCUGCUGGGGCGUAGGCCCGGAGACUGGAGAGGUCAUCGAGUCCCCUGCGCGCCUGGCGGGGCUACGUCUGACCGAGCGCAUCCCUGGCCGGCGUUUGUCCAACCUGCUCUUAAAAAUCCCCACCGCUGGCGAUUCCACAGCCUCCCGAGGCAGCGUCUUCCCGCGCUUAACCACCCUGACGGGAAGUUUUUCCUGAAGUCCAACCGAAACCGCCCUCGCUGCCAGUUAAGCCCCUUGCUUCUUGUCCUGCCCUCAGAGACAUGGGGCAUGGACAUGAGCAUGGUCAUGGGAAAAUGGAACUCCCUGACUAUAAACAAUGGAAGAUAGAGGGUACUCCACUACAGGAUGUCCAAGAAAAACUGGCUAAGCGGGGUCUCAGAGACCCAUGGAUUCGCAAUGAAGCAUGGAGAUAUAUGGGUGGCUUUGCAAAACCUGUCACUGUUAUGGACGUUCUCACCAAAGGUUUCAAGUGGGGAUUCGUAGCCUUUGUGGUAGCUCUUGGGGUUGAGUACACACUGUUCCCUCCGAAGAAAAAUGGAGGACAUCACUGAAGAUGGAGUAGCAGAACUUCUCAAAGUUAUUUACACAGUUCUAAAUUAAAACGUUAUACAAUAGCUUACUGCUUUUGUUGCACGUGUAAAGAUGCCUAUUAAAAUUUCUCAUUGGCAAGAGCA